CCAAGAUGGCAGAAGUCUGUAUGUGACAGCUCUAGACAUUCUACAUUUUAUUUGUUGACACUGAAACGUAAAAUGCCAGGCAAGCUCAAAGUCCGUAUCCUAGGGGCACGGAAUCUGCCAGUGAUGGAUCGAGCCUCAGAUCUCACAGAUGCAUUUGUUGAAGUUCGAUUCAGUAAUGAGGUGAUGAAGACUGAUGUGUACAGGAAGUCACUGAACCCACAGUGGGACUCGGAUUGGUACAAGUUUGAGGUUGAUGAUGAAGUGCUUCAGGAUGAACCCCUGGAACUGAGAGUGCUGGACUACGACACCUACAGUGCCCACGAUGCUAUAGGGAAGGUGUACAUUGACCUGAACCCCCUACUCACCAGAGAGAGCCCCCACGUCAUCAAUGGAUGGUUCCCUGUCUAUGACACUAUGCAUGGAAUCCGUGGCGAGUUGAACGUGCUGGUGAAGGUGGAGCUGUUCAGUGACUUCAAUAAGUUUAGGCAGUCUUCCUGCGGCAUCCAGUUCUUCUGUACCAGUGAAGUCCCUGCUGGCCACAGAUUACUUGUCAUCCAUGGUUUCGUGGAGGAGCUUGUUGUCAACAACGAUCCUGAAUAUCAGUGGAUUGACAAACUUCGGACACCACGGGCAUCGAAUGAAGCAAGACAGAGGCUUUUCUCCAAGCUCUCAGGUGAACUACAGCGGAAGAUUGGGGUCAAGGUGAUGGAGAUGGGAGGCAAUGCUGUACUGGGCUACUGCCAUUGUUUUGAUCUGGAAGGGGAGUCCGGCAUUGUGGUCCGGGGUAUCGGCACCGCGGUCACAAUCACAAAGUUCACAGGACAGUUGUCACCCAUCGGGGUCUCGCCUUACAAGGAUGGCCGUCAUGUCACCUUCCUCAGUGUCCGGCAUCACAAACGACCUGUCUCCAUGACAACCUCACCCCCAGUCUCCCCCCACAAGCAAGCCAAGUGCUGGUCCCCGCCCCCUACUGCCCCUCCCGCUCUUCAUGGGGGUCAUGUGUUCACUUUCCCUUCCAGCUCCCCCCUCCCCGAGGACACCAUUGCCCCCUCCUCCUCCCCGACACCUCACCGCAACUCCACGUCGCCUGUCCGAGUGGCUGUCCCCGUCAUCAACCCUGUCAUCAACCGUCGAUCCUCCGACUCUGAUCUCAGUUCACCACCCCGUGAGGUUGAGUUUCGAACGUCGAAAGAGCGUCGGUUCUUGAAGAGGAGCAACAGUCUGACAGGAAGUAGUGGCAGCGGUAGCGGAGCUGGCAGCGGAACACGCCUCACUCACUCCCGGACAUGUGUUCAACAACAGAACAUCGACAUGCUGGAGUUCCCUUUCUUCACAAUGAGAUCCCUUCCUGUGGGGUUCAUCGUCCAUCUUGGCGGUGUUGUGUCGGCUAGAUCGGUCAAACUGCUGGACAAGAUACACAACCCUGAGGAACCAGAGACCAGGGACACUUGGUGGACGGAAAUCAGAACAGAGAUACGUUCACAUGCACGUGCCAUGGGCUGCCAUGCCGUCAUCGGAUACGUGGAGCAGACCUCGAUAUGCGAUGAGAUCAUCAUCUUGUCAGCCAGUGGGACAGCCGCACGAGUCAACUUGAGUGCAGAGCCCCAGGUCUCCAUCGCCCGCUCCAACACACCCCUCACGUCCUCCCUGGAGCGUUGUCAGGGAGACAAGGACAAGAAGCUGUUUGUGGACAUCAACCUAGCCAAUCAGCUUGCUCAGAACAGGCUGUCCCCCUGUGUUGAUGGUGGAGAGGACGCCCUGUCUACCCACAACUGUGGUGUGUGCCACGUCCCCUACAAGAGCACCACCCUCCCCUUCAGCGUCACACUCUCCCCAUGUGUGCUGUGCAGACGGAAGAAGGUUCCUGACAUUCUAUUCACAACAAUCGACCCCCCACCAGAGAUCCUGACAUGGGGCAAGGGGAGUUUGGUCCAAGCAAGAAUAUGCAGAGUCAGAACGAAAACAAAGGGUGAAACAAGUGCCAAAGAAGUCAGCGAUUGUCUACCAUUCAUGGAAUAUGAACUUCAUAGUCAGUUAAUGAAUAAGUUAAAGAUGAAGGGGAUGAACGGCCUGUUUGGUCUGAAGAUACAGGUGUGUGUUGGAGACACCAUGAUAGUGGCUGUUGGGAGUGCCACUGCCACCUACCUAGGCCCUCUGCCCCCUCCUCCAAUACCUAAGGUGUCUAGUCAGGUAAGAGGGGCCACACACUCACAGACAUCAAUGAAGGGUGAGAAUGCAACUUUCUUGGAGCUUCAGAAGAAGAUAAUGGACACUAUGCAGGGAAACAGAGAACGAUUCUGCCUUGACAUCAUGGACAACCAGGGUCAGCCAAGUCCACGCAGCAUGGCUACCGACGAGAGUGAAGAUGACCAGUCCGAUCUGGAACUGUCAAUAGGCAACAAGGAAACAUUUGUGCUGGAGAUCGAUGAUGUGAAGGAUGAGAUGAUUGCUGCCAUGCUGCAUGACAUCCCGCCUCCAGAUGGCAUCGAGACGUGUAACACUCUCCUUCCUCCCAGCGUCACACGGGACAACAUCAACACAAACCUUCAGAUGUUUACACAAGUGUGGCGGGGUAGACUGGCACCACAGUCCAAGGCAGACUUCGCCAACAUGUUCGAAAGCUUACUUAGGAAAAUCUACUUCAAGCUGCGGAAGCUGGUUCCCCUGUGUUUGGCAGGGCUGGACUUCAACGUGGAAAUCCCAGACGAAGAUGAAAUACAGAUAUCAGUGACCGGGUGCUGUCUGGGCGUUAGCGACAUCCGGCAGACUGCCAGCACAGGACAUCUCAGUCUGCCUCAGUCUGCCACCAAGACCCCCCAGAAGUCAGCUUCAGGUACAGGCGAGGGGGAAGACAUGAUGUUCCCAAUGGAUAUAACAGAAACAAGUACCCCUGCAGGAGGGAAAGUUAUCAAGUCAAUGAAGGUAGAAGCUAUCAAGAAAGAGUUUCAGUACAAAGCAACACCUCCAAUGAGGCAUCCUAAUGGUGUAGAGUUAUCUCCCCUUCCUAUAGUGGCAGGUGGCAAGAUAGAGAAGUAUCUUGGCAACUACAACUUCUUCUUCAUCAGAGAAAGUACAUCAGUCAGAGAGGAUGGUGGGUUGGGAGGCUUUGUGCAGACAGCUGUAGCAGAAGUGAUGGCUAUUGUCCGUGCCCAUGUGGCCUCCCUUGGAGGAAACGCACUGGUUGCAUACAGGAUGACGCACUGUGUGCUAUACAGCAACCCUCACAAGAACCAGAGUCAGUGCCUGAUCAGUGUCUGCGGCGAUGCAGUCAGCGCGAACUACAUCACAGACAACUCUGUCACCGUCAUACCUGACCACAUACAGCAGAGAGACCAACCCAAAGUAGUUAAUUAUACAUGACAGCCGCAGGAAAAGAUUCCGAGUACAUCAUCAUUCAAGAAUUGAAGAUUAAAUGACUUGAAAAUAAUCAAGUACAAGUUGAACCAUGUUGAGAUUCCAGUGUUAAAAUUGGUCUCCAACAGCCUGAUUGUGGGGUGAGACAACCAAAUGGAAUGGGUGGUGAGGCUCAGCUGACUUGGUUGGUGUGGAUGUUGGUAAUGCUAUCAAUCACUGGAUUGUAUGGUCCAGACUUGGUUAUUUUCAUACAGAGGCAUAUACCUGAAAUAUUGUUGAAGUGGCAUCAAGCAACAAACAAACUUUUCCAGGCCCCUUUGUAAAACGAUCUUAGCACUACGACUGUUGCAAGUCUAUGUUAAAGUAACAGAAUUAAACAAUGGGGGUGAUAAGA